AUGACCGGAGGAAUCGUGACCGUGGCGAGCGGGGUGAUGAACCCCCUCAUCGGCAAGCUCACCACACUCAUGGGCGACGAGUACAAGAAGUUCAAAGGGGUCAGGAAGCAGGCCUCAUUCCUCGAGAAGGAACUCAGCGCCAUGAACGCUGCCCUUCAGAAGCUCGAGCUCAUUGAUGAGAUUGAUCCAACCGUCAAGGAUUGGAGGGACCAUGUUAUGGAGAUGUCGUAUGACAUGGAGAAUUGUAUCGAUGACUUCAUGCGACAAUCUCGAGCCGACGAUGCCAAGGGGGGCUUCAUCAAGAAGACUGCUCGACGCAUCAAGAAGAUGCGAGAGCGUCUUCGGAUAGCCGACCGGAUGGAAGAGCUCAAGACUCUUGCCUUGGAGGCAAAUGCUCGGCGCCAAAGGUAUAAUAUUGAUGAUUGGAAGCCCACCACCAGCACCGUGCCUUUUGACCCACGAGUGCGAGCGGUGUACCAGGAGGCUGAUACUCUCGUGGGCAUUGAUGGCCCAAGGGAGGAGGUUGCCACUAUUUUGAUGGAUGCUCAAAAGAAACUCAAGGUGGUGUCGAUUGUGGGCUUCGGUGGUCUUGGUAAAACUACACUUGCCAAGCAGGUGUAUGACAAGAUUGGCUCGCUGUUCGACUGCAAAGCAUGCUUUUCAGUUUCGCAGAGGCCUGAUAUGACUGAGCUGCUCAACAAUUUCCAGUGGAAACUAGGGAUGAGGGAUCCCGAUACAUCUCGCACUCGCAAGGUUGACGACAUCAUUGAAGAGCUAAGGCAACAUCUGAAAGAGAAGAGGUACCUGAUUGUUGUCGAUGAUGUGUGGGAUCAACCAACAUGGAAUACUAUUAAGUGUGCUUUUCCAGAAGAUAUUAAUGGAAGUAGAGUGGUAGUUACAACACGAGUGGAAGAUGUGGCUGCAGCAGCCUGUCAGAAUGACGGUGAGGGCAUCUACAAAAUGAAACCUCUCAGUGAGCAAAACUCAAGAAUGUUAUUGUUGAAUAGAGUAUUUGGGUCCAAAAAUGAUUGUCUACCCCAACUGAAAGAAGUUAUGGCUGAGAUUUUGAACAAGUGUCAUGGAUUGCCACUUGCAGUUAUCACAAUAGCUAGCCUAUUAGCCAAUAAAGAAACGUCAAGGAAGGGUUGGGAGAGCAUAAGGGAUUCUUUGGGUACCCAGCUAGCCACAAAUCCCACCUUGGAAGAGAUGAAGAGUAUAUUAAACUUGAGCUACAUGCAUCUUCCUGCCCAUCUGCGGGCAUGCUUUUUGUACUUUGGUAUGUAUCCCGAGGACCGCGAAAUCGGGAGGGACGAUCUGGUUCGGCAAUGGAUAGCUGAAGGCCUUGUCAGUAAUUUGGAUGGGCAUGACCUAGAAGAUGUUGGGAGGAGUUAUUUCAAUGAGCUUAUUAACAGAAGUAUGAUUCAGCCUGGUAUGAUAUGCAAUGAAGAGGUGGUGUCAUGCAGAGUACAUGACAUGAUGCUUGAUUUGAUCCUAAGCAGGUGUGAUGAAGAUAACUUUGUAAGUGUGGGGUACAAUUAUAAUGACAUGGCAAGAUUGCAUUGCAAUAAAUACAAGGUUCGCCGGUUAUCUCUGAGUUCUGUGGCUAGUCGUGGAGCAACAUAUGCCCCAACUAUUGAUAUCUGCCUAUCACAAGUUCGAUCAUUUACACUUUUCUGGACCCGCCUGCCUUCUCUUUUGUUGUUCAAGUAUCUCCGGGUGUUGAGAAUAGAAGAAAAAAGCCAAGGUCAGGAGACUACACUUGACCUCACUGCUAUUGGUCAAUUAUUUCUGUUGAGGUAUUUGCAUGUUACAGUGUCAUGUUACGUACAACUCCCUGCUAAAUUUGAAGGGCUUGUUUACUUGGAGACAUUGGACAUGCCUCGUGCCCAGCUCAAGAGCACCCCCUCAGAUAUAGCCCAAUUGCCUCAGUUGUCAUAUCUUGAUAUUCGGAUGGAAAAAUUCAUGUGUGAAUGUAUUGGGAAUAUGAAAUCACUGCGCUCUGGUAAUAGAUGGUGUGGCUAUACUAUGAAGAUAACGAGCUGGCCUCAUUAUCCAAUCCUUUUCCGCAUCUCGAGGAAUUUAUCAGCGCCCCUAGAUGGAUAUUCUGUAGAGUUCCUGUAUGGAUGGGUGGUCUAA